UAUGGACGCCGGUAUGGUCGCUGUGAGUUUAUCUACCUAUCACUGUUUCGCGUUUCCGUACCUUAACGAUCUUUUUUUCGUGACAGGAAUUUGAUAUACCUUAUAAUCUGUACCAGAAAGAGGGAGGUUUAUUCAGGGGGAUGUGUGAGGGGAGUAAUAUCACGUUGAAGGAUAUCGAGGCGAGUCGAUAUGGGAUGAUGGCAGAUGAGUACUCCCAGUGAAAAGUUGAGCUAUCAUAGUUCUGGCGUGUCCGAGAGUCUCUUCGAUAAGGAGUAAGUCGAGUCGGUCGGUAUCCCUCGCGCGAUUGUACGAAGCUAUGUUCUGCCCUCGUAACACGCCUACUCCUCUCUGAACCGCCCACCUCGUUGGUUGCCUUUGGCGCUGGGAAACAGGUUGAGGCCCAGGUGAAUCUUCAUAUCCGUGCAUUUCCGACCAUUAAGCGAUGUACGAUCGUCAAUCGUACAAAGAAUACGCGUUUGGGAAACCUGCUUUCCGUGCUGCGUCAAUCGCGCCGUCUGUCGUCUUUGAAGGACUUGUGUUAGACGAUAAGACCAACGUCCAAAGCGUCGUAGGCCAUGCGAACGUAACUUGCACAGCAAUAACGUCCGGGACGAUCGUCGUUGAUUCAAUUAGUUCAUGUGCAAUCGAGGCCAGAGAAAUCAUCGCUGCGGGUCUCGGAGCCGAAGACAUGAUCGAGGUUGGGAGGUUGGCAGAAGAAAGAGAGAUUACAAUGAAGAAGCGAGACGCGUACACGAAGCUUGGAGACGUGUCGGUGUUCAAGUCGGUAGGCGUCGGGGCACAGGACGUUGUUAUUGCGAGGUAUGUGGUGUCCAAGGCAGAGGAAUUGGGAUUUGGGAAGAUUGUGGAAGAUUUCCAUGUGUGA